AUGGACGCAAAGACUACCGAUGCGGUCGAACGGAAGCGGCAGGAGUUCCUCUCAAAGGAUGCUGUUGAGGAGCUGCGCAAGUUUAGUGAUCAGACAAGCUCGCGUGUGCGGCACGGGCUGCUUCCGCGUGACCACCAACAGACCGUCGACGCGGCGCACGAGGAGAAGAUGCAUGCGUACAUCUCGGCACGGCAGACGUGGCGGAAAAACGUGUACGUGCUGCGCAACUUUGAGUACUGGCGCCUUCGGGCGGAGUACUACCCGUACGUGAAGCGUAGUGACGAGUAUAGCGACAACUUUUUCCUGCGCGGGAUCUCGUGCCACCCACGGCUUAGCGACUACCCGAUGUGUCGUACGGUGAUCCAGGACUACUUCAUCUGCCGCGACAAGAACAAGGUGAUGCAGCUGUUUAACAUGUGUGCGCCACUGAAGGAGCAGUUUUGUGCCUGCAUUAACGAGGUGUUCGUCAAGAACCACGAACGCGGCGACAAGAAGUUUAACGCACAACGAAAGGAAUACUUUGAGACGCAGCGGGAGCGGCGUCUCACGAAGAUGCUCUCGCAGGCGGAGGAAUCGGCGGAGCAGCGAAAAAAACUGCAGGAUUAG